ACUAAGCACUUUGUGGAUAGGAACCAAAUUCCGGGAAAACCCUAAAGCUCUAAUAACUAAUCUUCAUAAGGAAACUUAUAAAGUGGCCCCAUUAAUGUCUGAGGGUACAGUAACAUCAUUAGAGAUUCUUGAUACAAAUCAAGGAAUGGGCAAUCGCGGAUCUAAAUCAGAUAGUCUUAUAUCUGUAAAAGAGCAACGAGUAGACGGUUCCUCAGUAUUUUUUAAAUACUGUAAGGUAUACUCUAGGUGCCUGAGAAAUUGGGUUUUUAUACAAUGAAUAAAAUAUGUUAAUACUCUUUUUGAA